UUCGAACUGUACACUAUAAUAAGGGGCUUUAUUUAUCCAACUUUCUAUACCAAACAAGUUAUAUAUAUAGUGUAACUGAUUUAUUACAUCUUAUAGAACACUUCGGUUGGAAGUUUAAACCAAACAUCGUAUAUACAUACACAUGGUCCCAUAUUGGCGUAGAGUCAAGCUUGUUUGUUUCGUACACAGAAAAUAUAACGUUCACCAUAAUGGAAUAACCGGAUGUAAAUCAAACCGGAAGUAAUGGGCUGUGGCUCGUCGACACCUACCGAAGGUCAAGCGUCACCUGACCAGGAGAGAAAAGAAUCAAAACAGGAAUUUGGGUCAAUGCCAUUACAAUCACCCAGUAAUGAACCGGAAACACGUGACGAGAACUCACCGCCAUAUUUCCCUGAACAAGAGGGGGGUGAGGAGAUUGAGGAGGGGGAUAAAGUGAGUUUGAUUAUCAGUGAAUCAGCGGCUUGGCAAACACCCACUUCCAGUAAAACAUCUGUCGCUUUAAAUUCGGCUGAAAAUAAAUCACCAAGAAAAUCACCACAGAGUUCACCAAGAAAAGCCGGUGGAAACCCAAAACGAUCAAAAGAUAAAUAUCAUCAGGAGGACGAGGAGACAUCGGAAGAGAGACAAGAAACAGAAAACAACGACCGGGGUUUCAAGAAACGAGUUCGUCAGAAGUUGAUAGAUGCUACAAAAGAUGGUGAUAUUGAUGAAUUAACGAAGAUGAUUGCAUUAUUUGAAAAACAAAAAUUAGAAGAUUGUGGAGAUCUUAAAAAAGCCAAAGAUAGAUUGUAUUUCCUUAAAUUAAAACGAGAUUUACGAGAUUCUGUUAGAAGACGUCACGCUGGUGUUUUAGAUAAAACUAUCGAGGAGGCCAGGAAUUCUAAAUACGCUGAUAAACUUCAUUCACAGAUAGAGAACGCGGAGAAACUGAGAACCCAUCUCCAGGAAUUAAACCGAUGUUCACACGAUAUAUGUAAAAUGGAACAAAGCACUAUAUCCGAGUUACGUAGUUAUCAACGACCACCGCCAUGUGUCCAUGACGUCAUGGCAGCUACGUAUAUGUUGAUGGGUUAUCCCGAACAUAAGUUAGGGGAUUGGUCAGAGAUUCAGUCGCAUCUGGGUCAACUAACACGUGACAAGUUAAUACGUCAAGUCAGUGAAUUUGAUACGAAAAAUGUCAGCGAUAAAACGUCAGGCAGAGUGAAAGAUAUAUUAGAUGCUUACAGUAUCGAGGAAGUUAAAGAUGCAAGUUAUGGUGCUGCUACUUUUUAUGUUUGGACCGAUAACAUGAUUGAUAAAAUAGAUAAAGAUAAAGAAGAAGCAGAAAGAAUUGAAGAACAACAGCAACAACAGCAACAGCAACAACAACAACAAACACCAACUAAGCGGAAAGGUUAAAGGGGAAUAACUCCCACAUCCUAUUUGUAUUGUUGUAUUAAAUGUAUAUAAUAUUUUUCUAUGAUGUGAAUCUAAGAUAGGAUCUUAGGUCAAUAACAAAACGUUAACGGUCGAAAAAUUCGCUAAAACGAGAAUAACUCUACUUUCAAUUGGCGUUAUAGUUUCCAAUUCAAUAUGUAGCCACGCCUUUCCUAUCUUUCGCCGUUCAAUAUGUCACCAUGCGCUUCUAAUUCUACUCGGUACCAACGUCUACGCAAGUACAGAAUCCAUCUUAGUCUUGUAGGCUAUCAGAGUUUCAAUGGGCGCGAAUCAAUUAUUCAAUGAACAUAGGCUAGUGGCAAUAGGUUAAUUGCAAUGUACGUUCUAAAACCAAUUGCUUGCUGUCUAAUCAACACGGCUUCUUAAGUGCUGCUAAAAUAUAGUGCUUCUCUUUCAGGGAUUGUUUUUUUUUUUCGUGAUCUUUGUCUGAUAUUUGUUGGCAUAAACAGCCCAUCUGGACCCGAAUCUCCCGUGAACAGUCCACAUGGACCCGAAUCUUAUGUGCACAGUUCACAUGGACCCGAAUCUUAUGUGCACAGUCCAUACGGACCGGAAUCUUAUGUGCACAGUUCACACGGACCCGAAUCUUAUGUACACAGUCCACAUGGUACGUUUUAUAAAAUAACACAUUUUCAGAUUUUCGAAUUUAGCAGCACCUAUAAUAUUUUAUUUAUCAAAUUAAAUGUAUUUUUUUAAACAAUAUUUUUAUUCGGGAUGUCUGAAUGGGAUUGGGGAACAAAUUUAUCAAAUGUAUAACUCGAUCAGUACCGUUAAAAUUAAUAAUGAACAUUGUACAUACUAAUUUCUUUUCUUUAUGAGCUGUAUAUAUAUAUUAGUAUAUGUUAUAAAAUGAUUAUGUUUUUGAAACAUUUUAUUUUUUAAAAUCUUUGUCAACACAGUAUUGCCUAAAAUAUAUACCUGAAAAUUCCGUCCACAUUAGAUCACCAUUUCCUUAUUUUCUUUCGUCGCCUUUUCUUAAAGGGGAAGUUUUCCUUUUAUUGUGUAUGUUAGUAUGCCAAGAGGCUUAUUUUAGAUUUUUAAUGUUUGAAGACGCAUUGUAAGCUAAUGUUAAGGCGAACUCCUCCCUUAAACAAAGUAGUCGUUAUGUGUAAUUUGUAUAUUUUGUGUAAAUCAACAAACUGUUAUAUUUUAUGUGUUUGAAGUCAAAUAUGAAAUGGUACUGAUAUUUGGAGACCAAUUGGAAAGAAAUCUUAAAGGUCGACCUUCUCCUUUAAACAGCGUUUGUGUAUAUUAUGUAUAUUAUAUUAUGUGUACUCAACAAAUUGUUCUAUUUUAUGUGUUGAAAGUCGGAUUAUGAAAUGUUAUUGUGCAGUAAAUAUAGAGCUACAUACCCCACGCAGUGUUUCCUGUCAUAAAUCUAUAAUCCACACUGCUAUAAAUUGUGUGCCAUUACAAUAAAUAAAACUGACACUCUUUGUUUUAAAACAUAAAAUUUUGUACAAUAUGUCUCCGAUUAAUUUUGUUUUGAUUUAUCACGCUGCAAUUAAUUGUUAAAGCGGUUUGGGGUGUUUGUUUUUUGUUUGUUUGGGUUUUUGGGGUUUUUUUUUGUUGACGUAUCAAAGAAAACAAAACCGUGGGCUUGUGAAUGGCGAUGAUAUAUCAAUGACAAGAAGAGGGUAAUAUUGAUAGGUUUCUAGGCUACAAUAUUAAAUACGGAGAUGAAGGAUAUAUUGCGAUACAUUUAUUAACGUAUAUAUGAACCGGAAAUACGUCAUUUAUCGAUAAGAACAUGCGUCGUGGAGCGCAUUGUACUUAAUGUUUAAUGUUAUUAUUAACGGAUGUAGUGUACCUUUCCGGAAGUUGUAUCGUUAAGCCAUUUAAUAAUUCACCGCCUACAAUAUUUACGCCUUCUUAAUCCGGCUUUUCUUGGGGUUUUUUUGUAAAAUUGUUUUAUCUCAAAUUAUUUUCACCUCAUCUGAACUGUGAUAAUUAAAUAUUUAAUACUCCU